GCUGCCUCCUGCGCCUCCGACCACGCUGCCGGCCGCCGCGGGCUCGCGGCCAUGUGGCUGUUCUGGCGCGCCAGGAACCGCUUCUCCAUCGAAGAGCUCCGGUAUUUAACAGAUCAGCUACAAAAGGUUCAUGUUGUUUAUGAAGCUAAUAAGGAUUUUGUUGUUGAAGCAUUGAGGUCAAUCGCCGAACUUAUGAUAUAUGGCGACCAAAACGAUCCUACGUUUUUCGAUUUUUUCAUGGAGAAUCAGAUCAUGGGUGAAUUUGCUCGUAUUUUGAGGAUUUGUAAGCUGUCCAGAGUGUCACUACAGUUGCUGCAGACAAUGAGUAUCAUGAUCCAAAAUUUAAGAAAUGAACAUUCCAUUUACUAUAUUUUCAGCAAUGAGCACAUCAACUUCUUGAUAACCUACCCAUUUGAUUUUCAAAUUGAUGAGAUGCUGUCGUACUACAUAUCCUUUCUACGGGCAAUAAGUGGAAAGUUGAACAAGAAUACAAUUUCCUUGCUUGUGGCUACAGAAAAUGACGAGGUCAUUUCCUUUCCUCUUUAUGUUGAGGCCUUAAAGUUUGCUUUUCAUGAGGAUAGCAUGAUCCGAGUUGCUAUACGUACCUUGACGCUUAAUGUCUAUCAUGUUGGUGAUGAAUCUGUUAACAGAUUUGUUUCGCGAGUGCCACUGUCAGAUUAUUUCUCUGACAUGGUCACACAUUUUCAGAAGCAGUGCAUUGACUUGGAUAAGUUGGUCGUGCGUUCUGCAGAGAAUGCGGGCUCUUCUGCGGCAAUGGCCUCUAUUGAAGAUGCAGUUGUGCAAAUUGAAGAUGCCCUGUAUUAUUUCAGUGAUGUUAUGUCUUCUGGUAUUCCUGAUCUAGGGAAUUUCAUCACUGAAAAUAUCCUGCAACAUUUGGUAUUUCGGAUUGUACUCCCCUCGUUGCAAAGGCAGCGCACUGAUUUAUGGAUAAGUGUCAGUACUUCCUUGUAUCUACUUUGCUGCAUACUUCACAUCUUUAAGGACAAGGAUAUGGCAAGCACUAUUGCUGCUGCUCUUUUCCAUCAGCCUGAUUGCUCUGAUAGGAAACAAGAGACACCUAAUGGAUGUAUCUCUGAGCAUGAUCAUGGCAUAUCUGAGAAACAAGUUAGCAGCACCUCUGUGCAUGAUCAGUCAAAUGGAGACAAGUCAACGUCUCCGUCUUCUGCACAUUUGCAAUGCUUGCCUGAUCAUCCGUCGGCAAGUGAAUUCUGCCAAGGCAACACACUGAGGGAACACUUGCUAUCAUAUAUCACAGGCGGGGAUGCUUUCCAAGCUUUGGGUUCUUUGUGCUUAUUUGCUACAUUGUUGCAGACAAAAGAACUUGAUGAAUCAAUGCUAGAUGCACUUGGAAUUUUGCCUCAAAGAAAGCAGCAUAAGAAGCUUCUAUUACAAGCUUUGGUUGGUGAAGAUAUAGCGGAAAGGCGGCUAUUUUCAUCCAGUAGUGGUGUUGCAGAUGACAGCAUCUGCAGUGAUUUUGAUAUAUAUAUAAGGAAGCUUCAGAGUAAUUAUGGGCUACAGUGUCAUCAUCCACGGCAAAUGAGUUCCAAAGUUCACAGAUACCAGGUGCUCGAUGCAUUAGUUGCCCUUUUCUGCAGGUCUAAUAUACCAGCAGAUGUUCGCUUAGUUGGUGGCUGGCUAUUUAGGCAACUGCUGCCUCAUGGAGAGGAAGAGUUCACCGCUUUUCAUCUAAAACGGCUAAAGGAUUCACACAAGGACUGCAGUGCAAAGCUUUUGGAAGAAUCUGGAGGAUGCUGGCGUGACUUGCUUCAUCCUAUCGUUAGAGAAGCUUGGAAGAAUUGCAAGAGAGCAAUUGAGGCAUCUUCACCACCCAAAGGAUCCAAGUCUAUUAUUUCACCCUUGGACCCGUGUUCAUUUGGAGGUGAUUCUACUAUUGCUAUUGCAGAGAGAACCCAUGAGAUGGUUAAGGGUUUUGUGCUACAGCGUCAAGUUAUACUCUUCUGCCUUGGAGAAACUUUCACCGACCAGCCGCCUGUGCAUUCUCCAGUGGACCCGCCUGUAAAUAAACGAGCAAGUGCAGCCGGUUUCGAUGGUUCAGUGCCCAAGCCUGGGCUUGAAGUCAACUUAGUUGAUGCAGUUCCUUGCCGGAUAGCAUUUGAGAGGGGCAAAGAACGCCACUUCUGCUUUUUAGCUCUAUCUGAUGGAACUACUGGGUGGAUUCUUCUAUUAGAAGAACUACCUCUCAAACAAGAGCGUGGAAUUGUCCGUGUCUCGGCGCCCUUGGCUGGAUCUGAUCCAAGAAUAGAUGAAAAGCAUGUGAAGUGGUUGCAUUUGCGUAUUCGACCUUCAACUGUUCCUUUCCUUGAUCCGGAAAAAUUUAAAGGGAAAACAAAGAAGUAUCUUGUUGACGGGAGAUGGACCCUUGCCUUUAGAGAUGAGCAAUCUUGCAAGGCAGCAGAGGCCAUGGUUGUGGAAGAGAUGAAGCUGCAGCAAGAUGCUGUUAGGAAACAGUUGAGGCCAUUGCUUGAACUUGGCAUGCCUGAGGAUGGAUUGCAGCAUCAUCAGCCUUCCCAGGAAACCCUCUCCGAUGAUGACGGAUCAGAGACCGAUUAAAGGUUUCAACAUGUGCAGUGUUGAACUUGUAAGAAAGGGCGGCAGGAGGUUCAGUUGCUUCCAUCUUGGCGAGCAAGUCGUCAUGCUCUGUAUAUUACAUCGGCAGAUUAGAGUUCUUGUUAACACACACACACUGUAGAGUUUCAACCCUUCCGAGGUUAAAUUAGGUCCAUAGGAUUCUUUGUACAAUAGUCUGUAUCUGUCCUUUGUCCUUUGUAAUGUUAUGAAUAUCACAGUCCAUUCUUUCAUAAGCUUCAGGGCAGAGUUGGGCUGUCAGUGUACACUAAUUGUUUGAAGAGGCCUACAAACAAUAAUAUCUGUUGUUGAAAUAAGCCUCGUUGUCUAUAAUAAUAAUAUGGGAGCCUGUACAUGAUUUUCUUUUA